AUAUAGUGAAUGUGGGGUCCAGGGAGACCAGAUAUAGUGAAUGCAGGGUACGGGGGAGAGUGGAUAUAGUGAAUGCAGGGUCCAGGGAGACCAGAUAUAGUGAAUGCAGGGUCCGGGGAGACCAGAUAUAGUGAAUGCGGGGUCCGGGGAGACCAGAUAUAGUGAAUGCGGGGUCCGGGGAGACCAGAUAUAGUGAAUGCAGGGUCUGGGGAGAGCGGAUAUAGUGAAUGCAGGGUCCGGGGAGAGCAGAUAUAGUGAAUGCAGGGGUCCGGGGAGAGCGGAUAUAGUAAAUGCAGGGUCCGGGGAGAGCGGAUAUAGUAAAUGCGGGGUCCGGGGAGACCGGAUAUAGUGAAUGCGGGGUCCGGGGAUA